CUCCUGAGAGAUAACCAGAGCAGCCAAUGGGAAUCAGCGAGGGGUCGGCGGUAGCCAAUCGCGUUGGAGAGGAGGCAGACCCGGUUGUCAUCAGUUCUGCAGCCGGCUGGGAGCGCCCCGUCCUUCUGUUAAAGACCGGGGUUGCAGCGUGUAGAAUGGGUAACGUGUUGGCAGCUGGUUCCCCCAGCCCCGCUGCGGGCUCCCCUGCAGCUGGACCGGGCCUGGUAUCGGUACCACCGGGCUUCACCAUGCCCCAGGUCUCCCCCCUCAGCCCCCCGGCAGAGCCCAACGCCAGCGAGGGAAGGCUGCCCAACCCAGGCCCCUUCGAGGAGUGCCACCGGAAAUGCAAAGAGGUGUUUCCAGCACCCAUGGAUGGGGUCAAGCUGAUCGUCAACAAAGGACUCAGCAAUAACUUCCAGGUGAAUCACACGGUCUCUCUCAGCACCCUGGGGGAAUCCAACUACCACUUCGGAGCCACGUACGUGGGCACGAAGCAGCUGAGCCCCACCGAGGCUUUUCCAGUGAUGGUCGGAGACAUGGACAAUAGCGGCAGUUUGAACGCACAGAUUAUUCACCAGCUAACGACAAAGCUGCGCUCCAAACUAGCAUUCCAGACCCAGCAGUCCAAGUUUGUGAACUGGCAGGUUGACGGGGAGUACAGAGGAGAGGACUUCACUGCUGCUGUGACACUGGGAAACCCUGACAUCAUCGUGGGGUCAGGUAUCCUGGUUGCUCACUACCUCCAGAGUGUCACCCCUGCGCUGGCUCUGGGGGGGGAGCUGGUAUAUCACCGGCGGCCGGGUGAGGAGGGCACCGUCAUGUCCCUGGCAGGGAGGUAUACAGGCAGUAACUGGAUCGCUACACUAACACUAGGACAGGCAGGAGCCCAUGCCACGUAUUACCACAAAGCUAACGACCAGUUGCAGGUAGGGGUGGAGUUUGAAGCCAGCACGCGAAUGCAGGACACCAGCGUAUCUUUUGGCUACCAGCUGGACCUGCCCAAAGCGAACCUGCUCUUCAAAGGGUCUCUGGACAGUAACUGGAUUGUUGGGGCUACCCUGGAGAAGAAGCUGCUGCCUCUGCCUCUCACCCUGGCCAUGGGGGCACUACUGAAUCACAAGAAGAACAAGUUCCAGUGCGGGUUCGGCCUCACCAUCGGAUAAACACUGGAGAGACGGACACAGAGAGACGGGCAGACAGACAGACACAGAGAGACGGGCAGACACAGACAGACACAGAGAGACGGGCAGACAGACAGACACAGAGAGACAGACACAGAGAGACGGGCAGACAGACAGACACAGAGAGACGGGCAGACAGACAGACAGACACAGAGAGACGGACAGACAGACACACAGAGAGACGGACAGACGGACAGACACAGAGAGACAGAGAGACGGGCAGACAGAGAGAGAGAGAGACUGACUGACGGAGAGAGAGAGGGACGGACAGACGGACUCUUAAGACAACAAGAACUACACAGCAAACUCAACAUAGACUCUCUAGAAAAAAAAAUUAAACUUUUUUUUUUUUUUAA